AUGCUGACCCCAAUGGUGGCCGGAGGGGUGGUGUUCCCCGGACUCUUCCUGCUCUCCAAGAACACGCUCCAGCGGCUGCCCCAGCUGCGCUGGGGGGAGGCCGACGCGGUCAUUGUCUCAGCCAGGCUAGUGUCCUCUGUCCAAGCCGUCAUGGCCUCCACAGCUGGCUACAUCGUCUCCACCUCCUGCAAGCACAUCAUAGAUGACCAACACUGGCUUUCCUCUGCCUACACGCAAUUUGCAGUGCCCUACUUCAUCUAUGACAUCUACGCCAUGUUCCUCUGUCACUGGCACAAGCACCAGGUCAAGGGGCACGGAGGGGACGAAGGGGGGACCAGAGCCCCGGGCAGCACCUGGGCCGUGGCACGCGGCUACCUGCACAAGGAGUUCCUCAUGGUGCUCCACCAUGCCGUCAUGGUGCUCGUGUGCUUCCCACUGUCGGUGGUGUGGCGUCAAGGCAAGGGAGAUUUCUUUCUAGGCUGCUUGCUGAUGGCAGAGGUCAGCACCCCCUUCGUCUGCCUUGGCAAGAUCCUCAUCCAGUACAAGCGGCAGCACACGCUGCUGCACAAGGUGAACGGGGCCCUGAUGCUGCUCAGCUUCCUCUGCUGCCGGGUGCUGCUCUUCCCCUACCUGUACUGGGCCUACGGGCGGCACGCGGGCCUGCCCCUGCUCGCCGUGCCGCUCGCCAUCCCGGCCCACGUCAACCUGGGCGCCGCGCUGCUCCUAGCCCCGCAGCUCUACUGGUUCUUCCUCAUCUGCCGCGGGGCCUGCCGCCUCUUCCGGCCCCGGGGCUCCCGGCCGCCCUCCCCCUGUCAGACCCAGGACUGA